UCCAUUACAGGCUGGAUCGUGGGCUCAGCUCCUCUGGCUUGUAGAGGCUGAUGCCCCUGGCGAUGAGGUCUCCGGUGGCAGCUUUUAUGACAGAGCUCCCAGGCUGGUUCCUGUUGUCUGGCAUCUUUCUGCCCGUGACUCUGCUGCUGUUCCUUCUCAUUGCUUACUUCAGAAUCAAAUUGAUGGAGCUUAAUGCAGAAGAGGCCCAGGCUUCUGAUCCCCGAGACAUUAACCAAGAUGACUAUCUCCAGUACCAGAGACUGAAGAAGCAAUAUGACGGUCAGAGAUCAGCCACAAAAACAAAAUGAGUUUAAAGGGAUACAUGCUGGGCUGGCAGAUAACCAGCAACACAUUGCUCACAUAUAGGUAUAUAAAACAAAACCUCAAGGUUAACAAAAUGGUAAGAGGUUUGUCCUGUAUGCUAUCCAGCACAUAAAUAGUAACUGUCAUCUGUAGGGCCUCAUCACUUCAUUUUACCUUCUGUGAGAUGCAGCUAAACAACAGUUUUUCUGAUUCACCGUCAACAGUGGUUUACUAAAAUACAGUGUGAAUUUUUAACAAGAAUUCUCCCCCUUUCUUCAAUACUUGGCUUCAGAGAAGAAAACAUCGAAUAAGUCUAUUUGAGUUUGGUGGUUUUAUAACUUCCGGGGGCAAGUGUAAUUAUAUACAGUAUUUACAGAAUACCAUUCAUGCUGGAGAGUCUCAAUGGUGUGGUUUAAAAAAAAACAUACACACAUCUUUGAAUUAAUAUUUACAUAAUCUAAAAGAAGCACAAGAUACUACUUCGAUUUUACAUGUGGAGAAAACGUGGCAGCGAGAUCAAAUGUCUUGCAAAACAUGAGGUCAGAAAGAGCUCCUUGAACAACCCCAUCCAAGGCCAGACCUGGUGCUUCCUCUCCUGUGUUCAACUUCUGUCACAUAAUAUCUAUCUCCUUCAAUAGUAUUAUUACAGUCUUCCUCCAUGUAUUCCUUCCUUUGUGUGAUUUUAUAAAUUAGAACAACAAAGUGAAAAAAUAAAGCAAUUCCU